UCAAAAAAGAUAAAGAAAAUCGGGAACGGGAGUCGCAUUUUUAGGAAAACACAAGGCUCGGAGGUAAUAAAAAAGGCGCUUAUUGUUGCCUGCUAACGGAACGUGACCAUCUUCCUGCUGUGCAAGGGCAUAGCAGCGAGCAGCAACUGAUGCAACAGCCGCAACUCCAUUUCGACAGCCAGCGCUACAGCGAAAGCGUCCAGCUGACUGCGAAUCCGCAGCACCAUCAACAGCCACACCAGGGGCAGCAGGGCGGCGACGGCAGGGGCAGCAUGCACCUAAACAACGGAACCGUGGUGGACCACACCAAUCAGAUGCAACCCACCGAAGCACCACCAUCCGGUCCGGCGAUCGCCAGCGAGGUAGAACAAACGGUGCAACCCCAGCAAUGCAUACGGCAAGGAUGCACAAACAUGGCCAUCGUAAACUCGGACUGGGAGGACGAGUACUGUAGCAGCGAGUGUGUGGUCACGCACUGCCGGGACGUGUUCGGACAUUGGGUGCAGAGCAAUAGCACACCGCAGCAGACCAUCUCGACGGUGAAAUAAAAUCCCACCCCACCCAAUAUCAUCGUCGUCUCGGUAGCGGAUGGACAUGAUGAGCAAGAAGCGAUCACCAAGGCCAGUCAUCGAGGACGGAGCGUGUGGAGCGUGGACCGUAACACCUAAGAUUCUUGUUUUUAGGCAAUCAUCAUAAGCAGUAAUCGGACAGAGGUCGGAAAGGGUAAAACGGCAUGCCGCAAAGCUGCUUGGAACUCAGGCUGUUCAGAUACUGUUACGCUUUCGGACUGUUUCCGGCUCACUCCCCCCCCCCCCCCCCGCUUAAAGAAAACACAUCCCAAAAGAUUGUGCAUUUUGGCAAUCAUAAAAUUUAAAUCUAGAAUAAUCGGUUUGAACUAUUCCUCCUCCGUACAUGAUUUGUUGUAUUUCAGAACCUUUGAUAGGGUGUUCGAAUUAGCUUUUCUAUGGUGAAAAUCACCUAGAAUUGAGAUGGAGGUAAUUUGCCUUUUUUUUACACCUCUUAUCUCGCUACGAGACUCAUAAACCUCCAAACCAAAGGGCGUUUAUUGUAGGUGAUUUGAAAUUUAUUUUACCAUCGCAACGCGGAUUCCUGUGGUACAUCUAGGAAAAUCGAAUUUAGAGACCAUGAUCGUACGUGGAAAUGAUCCUGCCAAUGCCUAAACUUACAUGCUGGUUUUACAUUUUGACCGGACCGGAUCGUGUGGUUGAAUUAUCGCUUGUAGUCCAAUGUUGUCCCUAGCCAAAUCGCUCAAUCAUUCGAUUACUUACCAUGAAAACUACGAACUAACAUUACUAUUGGUCGUCAUAUGUUACCAGGACUCAAAACUGGUACCACAGUACGAAAACGAAUCAGGCAAGGGAAGGCGUCCUAGGUGUCCUAUCUAACAGCACGUGUAAACUAUAAUUGAAAAUAAGCGAAAACGAAGGGUUUCGAAAUAGUUCGUUCGCGCCAAAAACCCAUAUACUUUAGAAUACAUUGAAAUAUACUUCGUAGAGUAAGAAACAAUCAA